UCCUGGGGGUGCCCUCCCCAGGGACAUCACUUGGACUCCAUGUCCUUCCAACGGGGAUUCCAGAGGGCAGGGGAAUUUCCAGCCCCGUGCACUCCGGAAAGUCCCGGCAGCCUCCAUCCUCCCCAAGCUGCGGUGCUGGGUUUGCGGUGCAGGGCCCGCAGCAGAACCCCUGGGCAGUCCCUCAGCGCAGGACCGCGGCCGUUUCGCCCAGACCCAGCUCGGGCCCCGUUCGGCCCGUUCCCCAGCAAGGAAUCGGGAGCAGGGUUCGGAUAAAGGAGGCGGGACACAAGUGGCAGCGAACCGAAACCUGCAGGACCGAGGACUCCGCGGCCCAUGGCCGCGCUGCAGAGUGACGGGGAGACCCAGAAGGUGCGGUUCGGGCCCUGGCUGCUGAGCGCCGUCAGCAGCGGUUACCGGGGGCUAUGCUGGACCGACCCGGUCCGCAGAGCCUUCCGUCCCUGGAAGCACAACGCCAGGAGGGAUGUCACGGAUAGCGACCUGGAGGUCUUCAAGGCCUGGGCGCAGGCGAGCGGAAGGUACGAGGGGUGGGCCCGAGGACCCGGCCAAGUGGAAACCAACUUCCGCUGUGCCCUGAGGAGCACCCACAUGUUCGUGUUGCUGGAGGACAACUCCAAGUGUGAGGAUGACCCACACAAGGUCUUUGCCAUCGCCACAGCUGCCCCCUGGCACGGUGAGCAGGGAGAUUUCAGCAGCCCUGACCCUGUUGAGAACCAGCAGCUAAAGAUGGAGCUCACCCCCAAGACAUGGCCCCAGAAAUGGUCCCCAGCAGCACCAAACCCCACAGAGUCAUCAAUGCCAAAGGACCUGAAUGACCUGGAGUGGGAGCUGAAGCAGUGGGACAUCUCCUGUGAUGCUGACUCCCUGACUCCAUUGGUGCCUGCAGAUGUCCCCCUGCUGCUGUCUCACUCAGUCUUCAGCCAAAACAACUGCCCCCCCUUGCCAGCAGGUCAGCAAUGGGAACCCGUGGCAGAACAGCUCCACUUGGACACCUGCAAUCCCCCGGGCAUGCAAGACAAUGGCAUCAUCCCCAACCUGGAGGUUAGCAUCUACUACCGGGGGAAGCUCUUCCACUGCGGAGUGAGGGACAGGCAGUGCCUCCUGGUGUACCAGACCUGUGACCCAGCCGUGGGGGCUCCCGGGCACUUGCUGUGCUUCCCCAGCCCCCAGCAGCUUCCUGACCACAAGCAGCGGGGUUACACCGAGCAGCUGCUGCACACCGCGGGGCUGCACCUGAAGCAAGCAAGCAGGCAAGAUCUUUGCCACCGCCUGAAGAAGUGCAAGGUCUUCUGGGCCCUGUCUCAGCAGCUCGAGGGGGUCGGGGAUCCCCCCAAUCUGCUCAUUCGGGGCGAGGAAACCCCCAUCCUUCGAACUUCGAUGAGUUUUGCACAGGUUGAGACUUUCGCAAACAGCCAAAGGAAGCAGUCUCCAGACUUCACCAUCUACCUCUGCUUCGGGCAGUCCUUCUCCAGUUCCAAGCCCAAGGAGUCCAAGCUCAUCCUGGUCAGGUCUUGGGUGCCCAAGUUCUGUGAGUACUGGCACGAGCAGGCUGCGGGAAGAGCCUCCUCCCUCGACAGUACCACUGUCAGCCUGCAGCUCUCUGACUCCUUCAGCCUCUUCGAGCUCAUCGAGCAGUUCAAGAUGCAGACAGAAUGACUGCCCUCCCUCCUGCCCCCAUGGCCCCAUGGGACAGGGCCAGCUGGGGGGACCAUCAGGUGCUGCACAAAACCAACAUCCAUCAUUCCACUGGAGCAGAAUGCCUGGGGGGAACCUUUUCUUCCUUCACUCCCCCCCCCCCAAGGACAGCUUCCCCAGCCAGUCCCAGGGCUGGCAUCUUGUUGGUCCCCUCCAGCAGCUGCUACCUGAGUGUGGUCAUUGACAGAUUAUUUUCUUAAGUU